ACAAUGUGUUCUGUGACUACAACAAUCGUCAUUGGGUAGCUAUAGGCCAGUAGCUAAAUAACUAAUUAAUAUGUGGAGUAUAUACACGUAUACAACAGACAAACCUGUGAUGAAAAACCUUAUACACCACACCUGAUGAUGUCACAACUUGCAGUUUAAUGGAAUAUAAUUUAGAAACAGAGCUAACUCUAUGGAAACUCACCUGAGUUUAAUUGAUUAAAGGUGGUUGGUUAUAUCACAGAUCCAAGAUGGAGGACAAGUCAGGUUACCAAGACUACCUGCCAGAAUCACAGGAAAUACUGACACCACAGACAUUUCUUCAAAUUAAUCCUAGUCGAAUCGUCGUAGAAACCAUACCAAGUAUUCCUUGUGAAACCGCGUCAUAUCCGAAUAAUACCAUUUCCUCUGGCGUUACUGGUCUUGGGGAAACGUUCUCCGAAUCUGUAGAUCGUUCCACCAUUGGACAAUAUUCAGAAAUUAUUCUACCAAGUUCUGAAAUUCGAGAUAGAUUUACGGAUCUACAUGCACCAGCAGUUUCGAGUGAAACUCGUGGUGCUCAAGGUGUUUCAUCAAUCGGUGCCCACACUGGCGAUUUUGUACAUCCUAAUCACAUGCGUGACUCGCAGCGUGUGGAAGAUUUGUUUUCGUUCAUAAAUGGAGGCUUUGAUCGCGAUGAAUUUGCAUCUACAGAUUCAGUAAAACGAGAUGUCAAGAAAGCUAGAUAUGAGAACGAUUAUGCCGAGUCUCAUGAUUUAUUGAUGACAGGAGACUCGUUUGUAACAGAAAGUCGACAUGAAGAGAGCUUAAUUAAUUUUAACACCCCGGAAGCAACGAAAGAGCCACAGUCAAUUAAAGGAAUGGACGUUUUUCUACCUAAUGAUGAUCCAGAUGAUCCAAGCCCCAAGGUGAAGUCUUGGAAGGGACGAACGCCUUUGGCAAGUCGCGUAGAUUCACAAAACAGUGAUAUUACUCCUAAAUCCAGAGAAAAAAGCCUACACAUUGCCGAUAUCAAAAUUUCAAAUCAAAACUCAGAAUCAAUUACUUAUUUUGGUGACAAUUCGCGCAGUUCUGAGGUUUCGUCAAUAAUGAACCGCAACCGGUGUGGGUCGUUUGAGGAUAUACCGGGAACUGGACACCACAUUCGAAACAUUUAUAUUACGAAGACUUCAAAUUACUCAAAGUUAAUCCCAAACGAAAACCAAAUUCAGAGUAAUAAAACAGAAAGUAAGGAACUGGUAACUGAAAGCCGUAAGUCAAAAGGUAGAGAUCAAGCAGUCCAAAAUCUGCAAACAAGUCUAAAUGAUCCAGUGAUUUCUAGCGAAAAUAAACAAGUUGUCACACAUAAACAACGAAACUCAAAAGAGAUCCAACAAACUGCAGACAGAGGACGGAAUAUCCGCGGUAAUAGUGGCGCUUCUUCGGGAGAGUCAUCAGAUAUCUCAUCGGGGGUUAAAGAAUAUACCGCAAAUGAUAAUGAUUCAGUUGGUAAACCUAUGGAAAAGGGGCAUCUCACUAAAGAUACAACCACUUCCUCUCGAGUAACCGAAAAUACAAUCCAUGUAAAGGGAUUGCGAAAACAUUCAUUGGCGGAGAAAAAAGGUUCUUCAAGUGGCCCUUCGAGAGACGUAACUCAAAGCUCACUAGACACGAAACCAGGAUCUAAAAGACAAAAGAGCAAAAAUAACCAACCAGAUAUUCAAGUAUCCGUUAGUUCUCCUGAUGAUGGACCUAGAUGGACAGUUGAACCCAUCGUUUCAAAAAGAGGAUCCACAAAUGUUUACCCAUCAAGCCAGAGCUCAAUGAGUCCGCACGGGCUAAUCGGCGCAGACGAAGUGGCACUCCCGAAACGGAUUCAGGACGAUAACAUUAAUGUGUAUGUCAAUGUAAAUGUUAACAUGGUCCAACAAAAACAAUCUAAAAAACACAAAAAUAACAUUACCGAUUAUAUGAUCCACGAUACUGAGGUCAAAAGUCUGCAAGACGCAGAAUCCUCAGAUCCAACUACUGACUCUUCAGCAAACUCCGACAAAACCCAAACAGACUACUCACUAAGCGAUCAUGGCGAUGAUUUUUCGAGCAGUGAUGCAGAUAGUUCCAAUCAUCCAGAUUACUCUGUGUACCAAACGGGUCAAUUUGAGCAAUCUAAAGCUUACGAUGCACAGCAGCAGCGAACCAAUAAUCUAUCCGUUAAUUAUUACAAUGAUAGGUUUCGAACGACGAACAAUCUUGACCCACGAGGUCUGUCACCAAUUCCCAGUAUGAGCUAUGAGUCCGACUCUACUAACAGACAAAUUGACACUUCCAGUGGCGACGAUGGAAAGAUAACUCCGACAAAAGGCGAUUUUUCGGAGACCUCUUCGGACACUACACUAAAAGAUGUACAGACUGAUGAAGAGACAGAUGACUGGAAAAACGCGAAGGAUUUCAGAACGACAGAAAAACAUUUAACAUGGACUCAGCAAAAAUCCUCCAACAAAACAAAGUUGAAACUAACAGAGGAAGUACCUAACGAUACAAAUGAUUUUACUGAAUUAAGCACAUUUGGUGAGUACGCGUUAUUGGACAGCGAGCUUGGUGGUCCGAAAAGGAGGCGAUCACAGACCACCCGCGAAGACGAAUUUUAUACUUCAACAAGACCAACGGUGAGCCGAUCUUACAGUCAACCGGAGCAAUACCUAAUGAAGAAAAGACAAUCAGCAAUCGAUACAAUGAAAGCUAAAAAAUCUGUAGAAACCCAGCAACAUUUUGAAAUUAUUGUAGAACAGAACGACAGAGACCCGCUUUACCGGAGAACCAGAACUAUGAGUGAACGAAUACGAACAGACAGCAAUAUACGGAGUUUCACUGAAUAUGAUUAUAGACUUCCAUUAAACGUAUCGGGAGAAAUUCAGGCGGCUGACAAUUAUACAGAACGUCGGAUGUCCGGCAGCAGUACGAUGAAGAGAUAUGGACACUCUCGUUCGACUUGGCAUCCUAAAUCUCCUUACAGUAACAGGGUCAGUCGGUCUUCCUCGAAACUUUCAGAUAGUUCAAGAACAGGAAAAGGACUACGACAACUUUCUGUGGAUAUUGGAGAAGAGUGGGAAAAUGUUAGAGGAACCAGACCCAGGACGACAUCUGACGUUGGUUCUGUAUCCUCCAGCGUUUUCUCCUACAGAAGUUUACGAAAGCAAAGAACGUCCAUUGAAAUGCCAGUUGGCAAGGACGCUGGAGCAUCUGGUAGUAUGCCUGGUCAGAGACAGGUGGAUUCUACACAAGAGAGUGGUGCAUAUGUAGAUCAGGUGGCUACAAUGCCAGCAGAUAUGCUUGUUAGCGAGGAAAUUGAUUCUCCGGUAGCUGAACUAAAGGAAGAAAGGCAUGAUGGUGCUAGGCCAAUUGUUGAGGAACCUAAACCCGUGGUCAUAGAUGUGGAGGCCGUUUCAGAUGAUCAUUUUACCCUACCACCCGAAAGGCGCAUCUUACUAGACAAUCCUUAUAACUCAAUCAACCAGCGAUUCCACAGUACUCUCCAUUGUCCGUGUUUCAUUUUCUUCUGUUUUUUGUGCUGUGCGCCAGCAGUUUAUUGGAUGCAGCGGUCGGAUUAUGAAUACGACUACGGAUCUGAAAAGAGGGCGAAAAAAUUUGGCUAUCGUGCUACCGGUUUAUACAUAGUUGGCGCUAUUGUUUCGAUCGUGUCAUUAUCAGCAAUCAUUACUGCUACAUAUAUAUUACUUAAAGAUGAACUGGUGCCAGAUCCGGUUAUUUAGAAAUGUAUUUGUGUGUUAAGAUGUAUCCAAUCUCAGUCUUUCAAAACCUGUUUAUGAACAUUUCCUUGGAUGAUAUGAAGUAACAAAUCCUGGUCCGUAGUACGCUGGCACAUUGUUUUAAACGUAGAUUUAAUAAUGAUUAACAAGAAUCUCUUUGAUUUUCUGCAUUCUUCCCAUGUUUUAUAAUCAUUUAUAUAUUUAAGAUAUCCACCCGAAUGUAUUUGAAGAUUCAGGCAAACAAAUAACUGACCUUAACUAAGUCCCAAAAAUCUCUUGCUGUCAAGAUAUCUAGAAUGCCAUGUAUUUCUUAUUUGACUCUGUUUUAUUAUUUGAACACGUAUAUUAUUUGUAUAUUAGUUGAUUUACACGGUUAACGUGGACUAUGAUAUCUUCACGCGUAGAAAGCUAAAGUAUGGUGGGGGGGGGGUCAAAACAUUUCAAUGCUAGAGAUGCUUAAAAUGCACCCCAAACCGGUUCGGUUUGUAAGAACCUGUUUCACAUUGGCCGUCGUCCAUCUACAAUUUCUUGUGAACACUACACAGUUGUAAGUUUUGUGGUUUUAAACUUAGGAAAACUUGUGAAAGCUUUAUAGGACAAAGUGAAGUUUUAAUCCAGAUGGCGUUGAUCGAAUUAAGGAUUAAGGAAGAACCACGUUGGAUUUGAAAAUUUCUUAUGUUUCCGGGUACAUGUUAAGCUUCUGUUUAAUGAAACUGCUUAAAACCUAAUGGGGUUUCUCACUGUAAUUGAUAUGGAACACUUCUGAAAAAGUUUAUUUUUCGAUCGCAAAUCUUGGAGUAAUCACUUUCAAAUUGAUGAAAUCUUGUUACAGCAAUACAUGACAGAGAUCAGAACUUCGUAAGAUUGUUCAUUUACCCUUGUUAAGAGUGGUUUCAGAACAAGCAUAGAUGCGUUUGCUGCUGGCGAGCGUAUUAGGUUGUGGGUGCUGAGAACCCCCGUCUAUGUUUGUAUAUUAGUAUAUUCUUUAAAUGCUAAAACCCUUCUAAUACGUUAUUUUUGUGUUGUUUCUGGAAUAGUGGUGGUAUGCAAGUAUGUAUGGCGCCGACUUUUCAACAGUCAACUAUUGUUUAUGAAAACUUCGAAUCUCUUCCCUUUCUUAAUUCUUGUUAGUUCCCCCCACAGUUAUGCCCAUCUGCGCUAUCUUGUAAACACAAUACAAAGCUUGAUUUUGACUCUUUCAUUUUCAUCAAUAUGAUGCUGAUUCGACGAAAUAAUUUAGAUUUUACGUGCAACGAGAGACAUUGCUUGUCUAAUGAAGCCUACAGAUCACCGUGAACACUUCAAAUAAUGGUACAAUGUGAAAAAAAAAAAAAUU